AUGUCUGGACGUGGAAAGGGAGGAAAAGCCAAGACUGGCGGAAAGGCCAAAUCGCGUUCUUCGCGUGCUGGACUUCAGUUCCCAGUUGGUCGACUUCACCGACUUCUCCGUAAAGGAAACUACGCUCAACGCGUUGGUGCUGGAGCUCCGGUCAGUUUUUUUGUUUCAAUUCUUUCAAUCUUUGCAUUUUUCAUCUUUAUUUGCUUAUUUAAAUUUUUUUAUUCAAUAAAUUUAUUUUUUUAUUUUUUUCAGGUCUACUUGGCCGCCGUUCUCGAGUACCUCGCCGCUGAAGUCCUGGAGUUGGCCGGCAACGCCGCCCGCGACAACAAGAAGACCCGCAUCAACCCCCGCCACUUGCAGCUCGCCGUCCGCAACGACGAAGAGCUCAACAAGCUGUUGAGCGGCGUCACCAUUGCUCAAGGAGGUGUUCUCCCCAACAUCCAGGCCAGCCUUCUGCCCAAGAAGACCGCUGGAGACAAGGAAUAA